AUAUUUUUCGAUAUGUACAAAUACUCUAGAACUGUUAUAACAGGGUUGUUAUGUUUUGCACUGCUGGUUUGCUACUGUAAUGCGAGGCCACGGAAUAGGCACGGAGGAGCUCCCGGCUUCCGAGCUCCUAAGUUUAUGAGAUCCACUUCAUACGGGAGAAAACAAGAAAACAAGUUUCGACUUGGGGUCGACAAUACAGGUCUCAUCCAGGGAUGGACAAUCAAAAGUCCAUAUCAACAAAGUCGACUUAGAAGUGAAGCAGAACCAAUACAGUAUAUUUCACCACGAGCUCAGUUGAAUGGAAACUUCGGUAAAAGCCCAGCAGCACCGCAGAGACUUGGCAGACGACAGUAUAUACCCAAGCACUUUGAAGCCCCAGAAGCAGGACUCGAAUCCGCUCCACAUGCCUUGAAAAUAAUGACCGAGUCACAAAAGAACGCAAUUGCCCAGGAGUUCUUUCUGAAGUACAAAUAUGCCAAGGAGAAUGCUUUAAAUGACAAAGGAGACAUGAUAAGAACGGUGCAAAGAAAUUACGGACUCAAUAUAACCGGGGAACUGAAUGACGAAACCGUUGUGGCUAUGAUGCGACCAAGAUGUGGGGUUCCAGAUGCACCAGCAGAGUACAACUUAUUUCCCAAUAGAGAACACUGGACGCACAAAGACAUUACGUACAAAAUUGAAGGAUACACUCCGGACAUGAGUCAAUGCCAAAUACGAAACGCAUUUAAACGUGCAUUCAGAGUUUGGGAGGAAGUGACUGACCUCAAUUUUGAAAAGGUUGAUAGAGAUGACGCGGAUAUCAUCAUUUAUUUUGGAUACGAGGAACAUGGAGAUGGAUAUCCAUUCGACGGCCCUAAUGGGCUUCUUGCUCACGCUUUUACACCGGGUACCACAGCUAUAUCAGGCGAUAGCCACUUUGAUGAAGGGGAAUUUUGGACUUUGGGAAAAGGUAGAGUAUUUGACACUUACAAUGGAAACUCCGGGGGAGAUCCGUGUGUGUUUCCAUUUUAUUUCGAAGGCGCGAGUUAUAGUGCUUGUACCUCCGCUGGUAGGUCCGAUGGCUUAGAAUGGUGCGCCACUACAGCUGACUACGAUGCUGAUGAAAAAUGGGCGUUUUGUCCUCAUGAACUUCUAUUCACUUACGCCGGUAAUGGAGACAAUGAUCCUUGCGUAUUCCCCUUCGUUUUCCUCGGAAAAUCAUACGACGAAUGCACGCCUGAGGGAAGAAGCGACGGUUAUCUAUGGUGUGCGACUACUUCUAACUACGAUACUGAUAGUAGAUGGGGAUUUUGCCCUAGUAGAGCUCACGGAACUGAUGGUGGUAACUCUGGCGGCGCCGCCUGCACGUUUCCUUUCAAAUUUGAAGGCUAUACAUAUGUAGAUUGCACGACGGUGGGUCGAACCGAUUAUAAGUUGUGGUGUGCAACAACAGACGACUACGAUAAGGAUGGAAUGUGGGGAUUCUGUAAUGGAGAGGGUUAUAGUUUAUUUCUUGUUGCUACUCACGAAUUUGGACAUGCCAUAGGACUGGAUCACUCAAACGUUGCAGAUGCGUUGAUGUAUCCAAUGUAUUCGUACCAUGCUGAUUUUAUUCUUCCCGACGAUGACAAAAGAGGAGUUAGAGAUUUAUACGGACCAAGAAGAAGGUAUUUACCUCCAUUACAGCUGGAAACAUGCGGAGGAGAUCUGACAAAAUCAGAACCUACUGCAACUCGUCCACCAAGAACGUCAACUCCAACUGUCACACCAAGAACGACACCACGUGGAAGGACUUCAACUCCGACACAAUCUACAACUACACACUCAGGAGACAGAUGUGACGGCGUUGUUCCCCCAACUGACAUGUGCCAACGAAAAGUAGAUGCAGUGAUGUUGUACCAGAAUGAAUUUUUUGUUUUUCAGGGUCCUUUCGUAUGGCGAGUAAGUGGCAGAGGUAAAAACCAAGUUCAAACUCCUGAAAGAAUAAGUAAUCAUUGGCCUACGUUGAAAUGUGGAAUAGAUGGUGUAUACCAGAAUCCCAUCGAUUUGAAACUUAUGUUCUUCAAAGGAAGCCAGUACUUCCUUUUUGACGGUGAGAAUAUUUUACCCGGCUAUCCACGAGAGGUGACCGAACUCGGACUUCCGGCAAGAACAGUUGUUGACGAUGUCGUUUUCAUGAAAGGAAGGAACCCGAAGACUCGUAGAACGGAAAAUAGACUGUACUACUACGUCCGCGAAAAAGUUUACAGAGCCGAUCCUAAAACAGGUAUAUUGAUGGAAGGCUUCAAACCUUCAACGUUGGGUGUCAAAGGAACAGCUUGGGAAGGCAUACCACCCAAUAUUGACGCAGUUUUCAGUGAUGCUCAAAAUAGGCGUUACACUAUAUUCGUGAAAGGCAUGAAAAUCUUUCGCUACAUGAACGUGCGAGGACAGCUGGAUUACUCUCGCGGAUUCAAAAAAUUCUUCACUUGUCCCAUCAAAGUAGAAGAAUUUAUACCGUUGCCUCUUCGUGAAUAAUCAUAAUGUGUAUAUUUCGUUUUCUUCGUUGUAUUAUAAGGCAAAAUUAGUUGUAAAAUAAAUUUCUUUGCCUGAGGUGUUUGAUGUAGGCUAUGAUACAAAACAGAAGGCUGUGAUGAUAUAGUUUAUGGUGGCUUUCAAACUUCCGAAUUUAUGAAUUCUGGAGAUAAGUGAAGUAAGAUUGUACUAAAAACAACUAUGAUUCUAAUAUAAUAUAUUUAUAUCUGCAUUGUUAUCUUUCCCAAAGAUGGCAAAAGA